AUGAAUGACUAUGUGUGUAGAAGACUCAUUGCUGUAAAGAACUCGAUAUCCGAUAAAUUAGACAAGAAUGAAAGCUAUCAAAUUAUUAUUAAUGAUACAACUUUAAAUGGGUAUUGUACUAAUAACAAAUGUAGUAGUAACCUCGAAAAAAUUAAUGCUGGAUGUUUAUUUUUGUUUGAUGCAUUUUUUAAGGAUUCUUCUGUAUUUAAUUAUCAUAAUAGUAUCAAUAUUGUUGAAUAUGUUAUCAUAUGGUUAAGUUAUAUGUUAAACCUAAAGAAAAGUGAAGUAAAUAUAAGCAAUCUAAAAUAUUUUUAUGAUACAUAUAUAAAUGGUGGAAAUAAUUAUAAAAAUUCUAUAACUUAUAUUGAGGGGUAUAGUAGUUAUAAGGAACUUAUAGAUAAAACAAAUAUGAUGAGCAUGAAUAUUAAUGAUAUAUCUAAAUUUUAUGAUGCAUUUAUAUUAUUAUGUGAAAUGUAUAUUGAAUUUGAUGAAAAAAGUCCAAAUUGCAAUAAAUAUUCGGGAAAAGCUAAAGAAUUUGUUGAAAAAUAUAAAAAACUUAAGGAAGAUUCUAAUAUUACUGGAAAUAGCUCAUAUAAUAAAUUAUUGUCUACACUAUCAAAUGAUUAUGAUAAUUUUAAAAAGAAAUGUAGUAGUGUUAAUUGUAAAGAUUUUCCACUCCUUCAAGAGAUAAAAACAACACAACCUCAUGUACAAAGUUCUAAACAAAUUCCUGAACAAACUGUAGAAACUUCUGAACAAAUCCCUGAGCAAACUGUACAAACUAUACAAAAAUUAGAACAGAUUUCUGAAGUUGCAUCAUCAAGUUCAUCGAUAGGAAACAAAUUAUUUACAGUUUUAUCGAUAUUUGGUGCAAUAGCAUUUUUUUUAGGAAUUGGAUAUAAGUAUUCCUUAUUUGGAUUUCGGAAACGACCCCAAAAACAGCAUUUAAGAGGAAAGUUAAAAAAGUAA